CAGAACAGAAACAUUCCAAUACAAAGCUUCGUUCAAGAAUCGAAGGACAACCGUUGCCAUAUCACCUCCUCUCCACAGCAGACUUCACACAUGACAGACAAGAGAAACCCUUGGAGGCCUGAGUAUACACAAGUACGUCAGAUUGGCUGCACACAACAGCCUCAUUUUGUAGGCCAGAUAAGCAGCCCUAGACUUUGUAGAGCUGCAUCACUACUGAACACACAAGAACAAAGGCAGCCUGAGCAACAUAGACGACCACCACCAUCUGAUUCUAGUAAUGUGCAUAGACGACCGCCACCAAGUUAUUUUAGUGCAGUGCAGUUUGUCUUGUCUGAAAACAAUCAGCGUCUACCAGACUUAAGUUCAUAUGUAUGCGGUGUGCCUCAUACACAAAACUGCCUUCCAACGUUUGAGUUCACUGCAGGUGGUUUGCUGAACAUAAAUUGGAUAGCAGUAACACCACCUAGUCCAUCACAAGUGAGCCACCUUGAACAACAAUUCCAAAUCAGCCACAGGCUAUCGGACAAAAGAGCAAGGAGACUGGAAAACGAACUACACAUGACUUAUUCAGACAUCUGGACUUGGUUCUGGUAUCGACAAUGGUUACAAGGUUGUUCAACUAGACAACUAGAUCUCCAUCGUUUUAGUUCAAACCUGGCUGGCGGGUUGGGAAUCUCCACAGUAAUGCCACCUCAAGAAUUCAGACCGCCCACAAGCUACACAACACACAACACAAUGGCUCAACCUCCAACAUCCACAAGACAAUGUGAAGAACAUGUCCAAGACACUACUGCUACAUUUUCAGCAGUCGGCCAGUCUACAGAUGUCUUGCAAACACACCGCUACACAGUUGAGGUUGACACACCAAGUCAAGACAAUCUGACCUCAAACGCUAGACAGCCAAUUUCUGUACGUGUUAUACCCAGUGUGAGAGCAUCAAAGCAAGAACCUUCUGCUAAACGGCACUCUAGCUGUGAGGAUAAUGAUUACGAAAGAGGAAAACUAAGUAAGGAUAAUGUCACUAUUAACUCAGUUCCAGAGACUGCCUAUAGUUAUAAUAUAGGCAUACAGAUAUCUACAGAUGACAUACAGAUGCACAAAGUUUGAUGCAAAUGAGACGUGUUUGUACUGUGACUACAAUGUAUUGCAGUCUGGUUACAUUUUGAGAAAGAAAUCAAGUCUUUUUUGUUGCAAUCAAGUCUGUCUUGUGUGUCUGUAACCAGGUUUACAUGUGCAACUGCCGUCUAUUGAUGAACACUUAACACAAACGUUACAUUAAUAGAUGUUAUACUGAAAUAGAUACGAGCCAAAAAAUACAAUCAUUGGAGAUGAUCCCUCCAAUACAAUAGCUCAAUUAUUAAAUGUACUGUGAGAUGCAUCCCUCCAAUACAAUAGCUCAAUUAUUAAAUGUACUGUGAAAUGCAUCCCUCCAAUACAAUAGCUCAAUUAUUAAAUGCACUGUGAGAUGCAUCCCUCCAAUACAAUAGCUCAAUUAUUAAACGUACUGUAAGAUGCAU